AUGUUCAAUGUUAAUAAAACGGUAUUGCGGAUUGCGGCUGGAGCCAUUGGUGCCGCGUGUAUUGGAUAUUGCAUUUAUUUUGAUAAUAAACGCAGAAAGGAUUCUGAUUACAAAAAGAAAAUUCGCCAAAGAAGGAGAAGAUAUAUUAAACAAGAUAGUGCCAGAGAUAGUGGAAUACCAAAUCUGAAUGAUCAUCAGGCAAUUGAAAGAUAUUUUCUACAGGAAAUAGAACUGGGCGAAAAUUUAAUUGCACGUGGGGAAUUCGAUAACGGAGUUGAACACUUGGCCAAUGCGUUGGUUGUCUGCGGUCAGCCGGCACGAUUGAUGCACGUGCUCCAAACCACCCUGCCUGGGCAAGUGUUUGGCAUGCUGUUGAUGAAAAUGCAAGAGUACAGCACUAAAACUAGCAAUGAGAACAGCGAAGCGCCAAAGAAUGCUAAUUCGGGCAAAAUCAGACCAGCUCCGUCAUCGGUUGGUUUAGAAACUACGUCAGAAGCAAUAAUUAUUGAUGAGUUGGAAUAA